AAUCUUUUGUCGUGUCCUUGUGAUUAAACGUUCCGAGAUAAAGAAAUUGUCUUUAAUUUGAAAAUAAGACAUGUUUACUACAAAUCAGCUGACGCAUAACUGGAUAAACGCAAGCACGCGAUGACGUCAAAUAGUCAUAUCUGCGUAUCAGUCUUUACGACUCGAUGAUCACCGCGGGUACAACGGUCGCGACAAUUAGUCGCGACUCGCGAACGUGGCAGGGAGUUGACAGUUUACGUAUCCGACGAAAGGCAUUUAUUCUCCCCGUAUUAAUCCGGGCGUGUUGAGGAUCGAAAGAGGCGCGUGGCAGGAUGAAGAACGGAAAUCUAAUCAUAGCGGAGGCCCUGAAGGAGCAGGGCUUGACUUAUGUCUUCGGCAUCAUGGGACACCCUGUGAUUGAUUUGGCUCUAACUAUGCAAUCCGUCGGUAUGCAGUAUCUGGGUUUCAGAAACGAGCAGGCCGCCUGCUACGCCGCGCAAGCUUACGGAUAUUUAACGAGAAAACCUGCGGUGGUGUUAUGUGUCUCUGGUCCGGGGUUGCUGCAUGUUAUUGGCGGCAUGGCGAAUGCGCAAGUAAAUUGUUGGCCUGUGCUCAUACUGGGAGGGUCCUGCCCGGAGGAUCACGAGGGCAUCGGUGGAUUUCAGGAAUGGCCACAGGUCGAGGCGAGUAGACCGUAUUGCAAAUACGCGGCGAGGCCGCCGUCAGCCGCGCUUAUACCGCUGCACGUCGAAAAGGCUGUACGACUCGCCACUUACGGUAGACCAGGCGCUGCUUAUCUCGAUUUACCCGCUACAUUAUUGACCCAAAACGUGGACGAAAGUAAGAUUGCUAAGGUUUCAUGCUGCCCACCGCCGCCGCUAUCGUAUCCCGAUGCGACAUUAAUCCAGCAGGCAGCGAAUUUAUUGGUAAAGGCGAAGAAGCCUUUGGUGAUAAUCGGCAAGGGAGCCGCUUACGGUCGAGCCGAACACCCGGUGAGAGAGCUCAUCUACUCGACAGACGCACCCUUCUUACCGACCCCGAUGGGAAAGGGCGUCGUACCGGACACGGACGAGCGUUGUGUCUCUAGCGCGCGAACGUACGCCCUGUUACAUUCCGACGUCAUUCUGUUGCUGGGCGCGCGAUUAAAUUGGAUGUUGCACUUUGGACGUUCACCCAGAUUUCAAAACAACGUCAAAGUCAUACAGAUCGAUUUGUGCGCCGAAGAGUUGCACAACUCCGUGCCGUCCGCCGUCGCGAUACAAUCCGACAUUGCGCCCGCGACGGAAUGUCUGACCAAUGCAUUGAGAAGUCGGAAAUGGCGCGUCGACCGAAAUCAUCCGUGGUGGAAGGAGCUCGCGGCGAAGGCCGAGCAGAACAGGCAAUCAGUUCACCGAAUGUCGAUGGCUACCAGUGUACCUCUAAAUUACUAUACCGUAUUUAAGCAUAUUCAAGAUAUUAUACCAAACGAUUGCAUUAUUUGUUCCGAGGGAGCUAACACGAUGGACAUCGGACGAACGAUUCUCUUGAACAAUUUGCCUCGCCACAGGCUAGACGCCGGUACGUUUGGCACUAUGGGUGUGGGGCUCGGCUUUGCGAUCGCGGCUGCCCUUUACUGCAAAGACAACGCGCCGAGAAAGAGGGUGAUUUGCGUGGAAGGGGACAGCGCCUUCGGAUUCUCCGGCAUGGAGAUCGAAACCAUGUUUCGUUACAAACUACCGGUGAUUAUUAUAAUUGUGAAUAAUAACGGUAUAUACGGCGGCUUCGAUAACGAAACCUUCAAACAGAUACAGGCGACCGGAGAUCCUACGCAAGUGACACCUCCGUUUUCUUUGACAUGUGAAACUCAUUAUGAGAAACUGAUGGAAAUGUUUGGCAAGAAGGGACAUUUUUGCACUACCGUGGAGGACAUUCAGCAGGCAUUAAAGUUAUCUCUCAAAGUGGUGGACAGUCCCAGUUUAAUAAACAUCAUGAUUGACCCGCAAGCAGAUCGAAAGAAGCAGGAAUUCAGUUGGUUAACAGAAUCGAAAUUAUAGGUGUAUAUGCCAUAGGCAGCAAAAAUGCUGUCAGUAAAACUAUAAUUCCAACGUUUCUUUCCUCAGAAGACUAUAUAUUUUUUACAGGUCCCUAAUUAAUGCGAUCCGUAAUUGUGCUUUACAGGCAAUUAAUACUGCUAAAGUAAAAUAUAGUAUAAGCCAUAGAGAUAAGAAUUAUUUUUACACAUACAUAAUAUCUAUUGGUGAUUGACUCUUAGCUAUACCUCUUGAUAAAAUUUAUAAAAAUGACCAAAUAUAUAUGAAUUAUCAAGGGAUAAAAGAGUGUAAAGAUAUACGAUGUACAGUAAAAAAAAAAAAUGCUUAAAAAUUA